ACUCCGCGGCUGCCCUGCGCUCCAGGCCGGCGCUCCAACCCCGGCACCCGGGACUGCGGACUCCGCGACCCCGUCCUCGGGCCUGUCCGCGCCGAAGCAGCCCGGGACUGCGCAGCGCCCCGCAUGCCGACAUGGGAAAGUCUCUUUCUCAUUUGCCUUUGCAUCCAAAUAAAGAAGAUGCUUACGAUGGAGUCACAUCGACUGACAAUAUGAGGAAUGGAUUGGUGAACAGUGAAGUCCACAAUGAAGAUGGAAGAAAUGGGGAUGUCUCUCAGUUUCCGUAUGUGGAAUUUACAGGAAGAGACAGUGUCACCUGCCCCACCUGUCAAGGCACAGGAAGAAUCCCUAGGGGACAAGAAAACCAGUUGGUGGCAUUGAUUCCAUAUAGUGAUCAGAGAUUAAGGCCAAGAAGAACAAAACUGUAUGUGAUGGCAUCUGUGUUUGUCUGUCUGCUCCUUUCUGGAUUGGCUGUGUUUUUCCUUUUCCCUCGCUCUAUUGAUGUGAAAUACAUUGGAGUAAAAUCAGCAUAUGUCAGUUAUGAUGAUCAAAAGCGAACAAUAUACUUAAAUAUCACAAAUACACUAAAUAUAACGAACAAUAACUAUUAUUCUGUUGAAGUUGAAAAUAUCACUGCUCAAGUUCAGUUUUCUAAAACAGUUAUUGGAAAGGCACGCUUAAACAACAUAACCAAUAUUGGUCCACUCGAUAUGAAGCAAAUUGAUUAUACAGUACCUACUAUUAUAGCAGAGGAAAUGAGUUAUAUGUAUGAUUUCUGUACACUGCCAUCCAUCAAAGUGCAUAACAUAGUGCUCAUGAUGCAAGUUACUGUGACAACAACGUACUUUGGCCACUCUGAGCAGAUAUCCCAGGAGAGGUACCAGUAUGUGGACUGUGGAAGAAACACGACUUACCAGAUGGGGCAGUCUGAAUAUCUAAAUGUACUUCAGCCAGAACAAUAAAAACCGAGAUGCAGGUAGAGAAGAUGGUACUUUCUGAACUCUUAAACAUGAGGUACUUCCAAAUAGGAGAUCUUAAAUUGAACAGCCUAAAGUUUACACUUCUGUUUUAAGAGUUCAGUUAAAAGAAUGUAGGCUUGCAGUUGUUGCAGCUCUCCAUUCUGUGUUAAGUAUACAUUGGUACCAAGAUAUCUUACUUGAAAUAAAUUUAGUGGUUGGUUUUCUUACAUCCCACAUCCCCAAAGAGAAAAACUGAGACUUCCUCUCUAGUAUAAUAAAUAAUUAUUUAAAAGUCAUGCAGCCAAUCCAUGCUCUAGUGACAAAAUAAUUUUGGCAAUGAACAUAAUUUGAGAAACUUAAUUUCUGACUGUUUUUUAUAAAAAAUUACUAAGAGCCUGUUAUUCACAAAGGACUUUUUAAAAAUUAACUUUUCUUCCUGUUUUAUAAAUGCCCAUUGUAACAUGGUAGUAUAUAAACUACAUAUUUUACCUUUUAGCUAAACAUUUUUAGCUUUUAAUUUGUUGAAAUUCUACUCAUUUGCAUGUUUUUGUCAUUUCAAGCUAGUGAUUGCAUAUCAUUUAUCAACCAAAAUAAUCUCUAAAAAUUUCUGUACCUAAAUUUUUUAAGCCUCUAAAUAAUGUAUUUGACAUUUCUUUUCAUAAUAGUUCUAUGUGAAAUUUUUGUGUGAUAUUCAAACAUAGUCCUUUAAUGUAUGGUACUGUAAAUACACUGCAACUGCAUGGCCUUUAUACAGCUUUGAUAAAUGUCAAGGAAAGUGGUACAAACUCAA